UAAUAACAUAUGGAUACGAAGUGAACUCUGACCUGGAUGAAAAUAGUUAUGGGUGCCUUUGUUCAAACAAUACCUGUGGAUGCUGUGCACAUAUAGAGGCACCAAAAAUAGGCUUGAAUGAUACAGGUUGUGUAAAUUUGACGUAUCUUCCUGAGGAGUAUGGAAUAUCCUUCACUGUUACUAUAGAUAAGCUUACUAUUUAUAAUGAAACCAUAUCAGCAAAAAAUCCACCUCCUGCAUGUUUUGGAGCUCCAAUUUUAAAAGAUUAUGCUGACCUCUGCCUUCGCUUUUAUGAUUUAGAUGUAUCAAAGACAAAACUACACGGUUGUGUGAAGAUAGAAGCAAGAUUACACUAUGUCAUUGUUGGAGAAUAUAAGAUAGGCUGCUUUAAUAUAGGACAAAGCAGAUGGAAAAUUUAUCAUAAAAAGCUAGUGCAGCUUAUUCGUGCAAAAAAUAAAAUGUUGAUUAGUGAAAAUAAGAUUUAGUUAAUAUUAUUUUUAGAGAAAUUUUAAUACUUAUAUUUAUUAUUUGAAUAUGAACUUUAUAUAGAUUUGUGUGUGUAAUAAUUGAAGACAUGACCAAUUAUUACACGCACAAAUACAAAAUAAAAUUGUACAAAAUAGUACAAAUACAAAAUAAAAUUGUACAAAAUAGUACAAAUACAAAAUAAAAUUGUACAUGUACAAUUGUACAAAAUAAAAAAUUCAAUAAAAAUAAUUGAAUUUUUUAUUUUGUACAAUUUUUAUUGAUCGGGUAAAAGAAAUUACUGACUUUUACAUUAAUUUUAUUGACAGGAGAUAAUCUGAUUCAUUAUUCCUUAAAUGUUUAUGAGCUUGUUUUGCUGUUUGUGUUUUACAUGCUCUUUUGUUCUGAUAUGUUUAUUUUUAUGCUUCCUAAGUUGACUUGUUUUUCAUGCUUUAUUUUAAUGUUCAUUAGGGUAGUAAUUUGAAUUAAAGUUUCCACGAAGGCAUUUCAACCAAUGACACAGGAAGCGUUAUAUUUUAUUACAAAUAGAUAAUGUUAAAUAUUUAACAUUAUGAUAAAAAUUCAUUGUAUUUGAAAUGUUUUUUUGUUUUUUUUUCAGGCAAAAUUAUCCAAUGUGAUAAUCCGAAAAGAAUUUUCCUUACAUUUGAAAUAUGAAUAUUUCUUUUGAUGGUUUUAAAUGUGAUAAUUCUGAGCUUGUUUUGCUAUAUCUAUUUCAUAUGCUAGAUGUUACGUUCUUGUUUAUGUAUUUCAUUGCUAUGUUUACCCUGUUAAAUAUAUUUUUUGGUUUGGUGAACUGCUUGCAUGAGCCUAGAGAUUAUCAAAUUGAUUUUAAAGUAAUCACCCCAAUAGCACAUAUUUUAACUGUAUGCGGGUUUCACAGUAUUAAUUUUUUGGUCAAUUUUGGAAUAAUGUACGUAGUACACUUGAACGGGUAGUAAAAUUAUUGCCAAAAAUUUUAAGUUUUAUAUCUUAGCAAUUUGAUAUCUGUUGUGCAUUAAUUGUUUAAAAAAUAGGUGCACAUUGAAGCUAUUGUAGCCAGAUUUUUUAAUAUGUGAUUAAAUAUUUUUAUCUAUUUCUUAUUUUAAUUUGUUAUUCUAUACUUUUGUUUUGUACAACUUGGCAGUAAUAUUUAAUGUUCCUUUAGAAUAGAGCAUAAGAAUACUAUAUAAAAUUUUGAUUAAAGUUGUGGUCCGCAAUUUUACUGAAGUUUUAAAUUUCGGUCCCUCAGCCUUGUUUAAGUUGGAAACCCCUGGUCUAGGCAUACAAGUCAUAAACUUUAUGUGCAUAUUCAAUACAUAAACUUUAAUUGAUCAUGAAUGUGCAAUUUUACAGAGAGUUUUUACUGAAACAUUUUAGAACUUUUCUAUGUGAUAUUUGGCAAAACUGGUUCGAUGUUUCACAAAAUACUUCAAGAUUGUAUAUUCUAUUUUUAUAAUAAAUAUUUAAACUUAA